AUGGCAGAUUAUUAUACAUAUCAGAGGAAGAGAAGAGAUUUGGGGAAGCCUUGCAAUUUUUAGGACAGCGAAAUCAAAAUAGCAGGUUACACGAAGACGGUUGCGGUUGUUCCGAACUACGUGAAAAGAAAUCCGAAUCACAUUGAUUUGGAUAACAUUGCUGAAUAUUCAGAGCAUUCGGUAUGAAUUUGGUUUACUAAAAUGUAGGUGAAUACAGAGAGAGUAUCGACAGGAGACAAGGUGAUGUAUCAUAAAGAAGGAGGGGUAUUUUAAUUUAUGCAACAGUUUUUAGUGGCCUGCAGGUAUAGACCCGAUGGAGUAGCAAGACCAAAACAAAUACAGAAGAAGGUUCGAGAAAGAUGCCGCAUUUGCAGUUGCUGUCAAAGAGUUGAGCACAACAGUGGAGAAAUGCAUACUUCAAAAUAACCAGAUAGAUUUGUUUGAGGAAUAUUUCUUGGACGAAGAAAGCGAACAUCAAGUGGAGAAUCUCAGCACUAAGACUCUGAUGCUAUUCAAGUAUUACUAGAAUGUAAUGGUAGGGAUUAAUCUGAAGGAGUCAAGAGAUCUGUGUCUGAAAUAUCUUGGCAUCCAGAAGGUCCAAUCAAGGCAGCAGUAUCUUAUGCAAUUAGCAGAUUCCAACAAAUGCCUGAAGGGAUGAUAAAGUCCUCCUUUGUAUGGGAUUUAUAAAACCCAAAUAAUCACGAAUCUGAAUUAGAAACGAAUUCUCCUAUUACUAAUUUGAUGUACAAUCCGAAGUUGUCUGAUUAAAUCGGAGGUGGAUGCUAUAAUGGUUUGGUUGCUGUUUGGGAUGUAAAGAGAGGUAAAUAGCCAGUCUUGACAUCCCCUGUUGAAAAGUCUCAUCAUGACCCAAUUACUCAUUUUCAAUGGUUGUUUAGCAAAACUGGUACUGAGUGUGUGACUACAUCCACUGAUGGUCGUGUGUUGUGGUGGGAUACCAGAAAAUUGAAUGAAGGUCCAAUUGAAUCAUUGAAUGUAACUGAAGGAGCAAAUCCAAAUGAUCCCUUGAUUGGUGCCACAGUAUUGGAAUACAACACAGAAGCAGGACCAACUAAAUAUUUGAUUGGUACAGAAAUGGGAUCCUUAAUGGUUGCUAACAAGAAACCAAAGAAGGCCGUUGAAAUUACAGCUAGAUAUGGGUUGGAGAGUGGACGUCAUUUAGGACCAGUUAUGUCUAUUAAUAGAAGUCCUCCCAAUCCCAAAUUCUUCUUAACAGUUGGAGAUUGGAGUGCCAAGAUUUGGGUUGAGGAUAUCAAGACUCCAAUAAUGAGAACUAAAUAUCAUGGCAGUUAUUUAACUGAUGGUUGUUGGUCUCCUACCAGAAAUGGAGUGUUCUUUUUAACUAGAAAAGAUGGUUGGAUGGAUGUUUGGGAUUACUAUUAUAGAUAGAAUGAAAUUGCAUUCAGUCACAAGGUGAGUGAAACAGCUUUGACUUGCAUAAAAAUAAAUUCCAAUGGUGGUGCUCAUCAUAAUGCUGGUAAAUUGGUAGCCAUUGGUGAUUAGGAUGGUACAGUCACUUUAUUAGAAUUAUGUGAUUCAUUAUACUAAUUAUAAUUUAGAGAGAAAGAUGUGAUGAAUGAAAUGUUCGAUAGAGAAUCAAGAAAGGAAAAGAAUCUAGAAGCCAUUAAGAAAUAAUAAGAUCUAAUGAAAAAGGUUGUUCCAAAAGAUAAUAAGGCAGCCCAAUAGAAAUGGGAACAAAGAAAGGCUGAAUUGAUAGCUGAAGCUGAACAAUAAUUUAGUCAAAUUGUUAAAAAGGAUGAAGAAGCUAAAUUAAAUGAUUUGUCUGAAUUCAGUCCUAAGACCCAAAAGAAGUAAUGUGAUCUACUUAUAUUCUAUUAGAGAUGAUAAGAAGUCGUAGUCCCCUAAAGAUGACGAUAAAAAACAACAGUAAGGAGAUGAUGAUGGAUAACAGCAAGGUCAACAAGAUCAGGGACAAGAUGAAGGAGAUAAAGACGACGGGCAGUAACAAGAUGGAGACGAUGGUUAACAAUAAGGAGAUGAUGGCUAAUAAUAAGAUGGAGACGACGGUUAACAAUAAGGAGAUGAUGGAUAACAAUAGGGAGAUGAUGGACAACAAAAAGGAGAUGAUGGAGAUGGCUAAAAAGAAGGUGAACAGGAUUGAUCAAAAUAACAAUAUUAAUAUUUAUCGGAAU